GCGGGUUUCGGCAAUCAACUGAUCCAUCCGGAUAAUUCCGUGGAAGAUACCGGCGGUCGCCAGAACAGCUUUUGCCUCAGCAGCCCCACGUAGCAUGGUCGCCUCAGGUCCCGUCCGCGUGCUCACGGAGCGCAUCAUGAGCCGCGGCUUCGAGCCGACGGUCCACCGCAUGAUGGAGCGCGUCAAGGCGACGGUGCGUCGGCAGCCCGGGCUCAUUUCGGUCGAGACCAUGAGCGACACGGACGACCACCACAAGUACAUCGUCAUGUCCGAGUGGCGAAGCCGUCGUGAUUACGAGGCAUGGGAGAAGAGCGAAGACUUCAAGCAGUGCACGGCCAAGAUCCACGAGCUCCUCGACAUGCCGGGCAAGAAGACGCGCAUCUUUGAGCGCCCGAAAGACGACAUCUUUCUCUUGUAAUCGGUCUAUGUUAACAUGCAUACAGUAUACGAUGAUGAUCUGCUGCAGCCGCCGCCUCACGCCUUCUCGUCGUCGUCCU